CUCGUGAUCGUACACAAAUUAUAAAUUCAUCUAUUAACUGUUGUAUUAACCAAACAUUAUUUAUAAUAAAAAAAAUAACAAAUAUUUUUUUUUUUUAUAUACUGAACAAUUUUCAUGCAUGUUUAGUGAAUAGUUCUAAUUUUAUUUAGAAGGAUUAUUUACCUACUGAGUUCUCAAAGACAAAAUAGUGUUUUAUCUGUGAUUUCUGGAGUUUAUUGUGCUAAAACACCUCCAACACUAGCAGGAAGACCAUAAAUCAGUGUGUCAAACAAUUUCAAGACUGGACUCUGGACUUUGAUAUAGUGCUGUGUAAUUUUCGACACUAGAUGGUAAACUUCAAAUUAUAUGACAAGUGACUAAAACAUAUAAAUCUUUACAAUAAUCACGUAUUAAUAUUACCUAAUAUAGAUAUUUGAUGAGAAAAAGACUGAGAAAUGGAUAAUAGGAAACGAAGACUGCUACAAAUCCAUAAGAAGGCAAUCGUUAAUGAUUUAGAUAUCAACGAUAUCAUAGACGAAUUGUUCUCCAAGAAAGUUAUAUCGUUAGAAGAAAUAGAACGAAUUUCUAACUUUGCAGACCGUGCUGAAAGAACCAGAGGCCUUUUAGAAUAUAUAGAGAAUAGUGACGACUACGCAUACCAGGCUUUUAUUGAUAGCUUGGAAAAAGAUCACAAUUGGCUAUGGCAAAAAAUAACCUUUGAAAACAAAGAGGACAUAAUGGUUGAUAGCUUCGAAGACAGUCUUAGUAGAGGAGAUGUACCCAGAUUACCAAAGAAUUACGUUCGACGUUUAUCAGUGGAAAAAGAAGUGGAAACUAAACUAAAAAAUCUCACAAGACACAAAGUUUUGGUGCUAGUGGGUAUGUUGGGCUCUGGGAAGACUUCCAUAGUUCUCAGUGUACUCCGCAACAACCCCGAUCUUAUUACUGAUAGUUUUAACGGUUAUGUGUACUGGCUCAAUCUCAGUGACUGCAAAAACGAGUACGAUAUAGUUAGCCAACAAAAAAAAUUGUAUCGCAAAAGUUCAUUAUGGUCAUCCAAUUCGUUCAUGAAUUCGUCCAUGUCAAUGUCGAGUAUAUGCUCCAAUGGUGACACUAGCUUAUCGGCAAUUUACGAAAAUACUUGGGAAGAAAUGAAAGACAAACUAAAACACAAGUUCUCCCAUGAUUCAUUAAAAUCGGCUCUCUUAGUAUUAGACGAAGUGCAUGACAAGUUAUCUGUUGAAGCUUUUGAUAUUGGAUGUAAAAUACUAAUUACUACUAGGAACAAUGACAUUGCUCACACAUUUGGCUCACAUAUUAUAAAGAUUAAAGACAGUUUAACAGAAAACGAGAUCCUUGAAUUCUUUGCUAAUUGCCUAGAUGUAACGGUCUCUGACUUGCCACGUCAAGCGAAAAAAUUACAGGAGACAUUUAAAGAAAAGACUCCUUUCCACGUCGGUUUAAUUGGAGCUCAGUUGGCUGUGAAUAGAGAGAGCUUGGUCGAUAAUGGAUCUCCUUUAUGGAAAGAAUAUCUGAAAACAUGGGGGAAAAAAGGUUUUUUUUCAUUCCCCAGCCCAAACAAUAAACCCGCAGAAAUGGUGAGAUUUUGCGUCAACUCGUUAGAACCGGAAGUCUUGUCACUAUUCAAGAUGUUAGCUAUAUUACCAGAUAAUGUCAAAGUAACCAUUAAAGUACUAAGCAUGCUGUGGCGCAAAACUAUAGCGGAAACUGAUAUUAUUUUGAAUCAGCUGUACAAUAAGUCAUUGAUAAACAGAACUUAUGAUGCUGAUCAAAAGAGCUACGUGUAUGAGACACACGAACUGAUUUUGAACUUUCUCAAAACGUGCCUAACUAAAGAAGAAAGUGAUAAGUUACAUUGUGAUUUUCUUAAAAGUUACCAUUAUGAUAACCGAAGUAACACAACGGUACAGAUAAUAGACGAUGGCUACAUAGCAUUUUUUAUUGGCUACCAUCUAUUGAACACUAACAAUUUAGACAACAAAUGGGAUCUAUUCAGUAGACUAUACCUUGAUUUGAAAUUCCUAGGUAACAAGGUGAGGCUGACUGGUGAAGCCGAUGUUAUGUUUGACUUGCAAAAAUAUGAAGAAUAUAUUGCUAAAGAGAACCUGGACAAGGAUUUUCUCAUCGGCAUUGUGGCUUUCUUAAAAACGCACGGCGCUGAUUUAUACCGUUAUCCGUGCACUGAUAUAGUACAAAGUAUCUUACAACACGAAUCCAAGGGUAUACUUUUUACAAAAGCCUACGAUAUUGCUCAAGCUAACUGCGCCAAUAACGAGCUUUACUUCGACUUUUCGGACCACAUUGUGCGUUACGAAACGUAUGACGAGAAUGGCGGGGUUGUUCAAUGUUUUGUCAAGAAGUGUCAUGAACAAAAUGUGGAAGAAAUCAUGCACUCUACAAUUGAUGUAAAAGAAAAUAUCACAUCCGGUUGUUUCUUAGGAGAUUUUGUACUUAUUGGAACUAAAUCAGGAGUGAUAAAGAUGUUCCACUGUCAAACUAGUAAAUUAAAGAGGGAACUAGUGACUGGCACAUCUCCCAUAAAAUGGGUUGGUGCAUGUCCCAUAAGACCUACAAAGGUUGCCACUUUGUCAUUAGAUGGUGUAAUCACACUGUGGUAUAUAGAUCAUGUCGAGCAAGAGGACAACGAAACUGUCAUUGAAGAAGAAUUUGAAGAGACAUCCAAUUGUCCCAAUAGCAUCAAAAUCAAUCCGAAAAUGAGGCCGCAUCUAAACUGUAGAUGGGCCAACUACAAUGAAAUUUUGAUUGCUCACACAUUGAAGACAAUCACACUGUACCGUAUUGACGGUGAAAUAUUAAAUGUCAUAGACAAUUUGGAUAAGAACAGUGAAAUAUUAUGUUGCACAUUGUGCAAUAAUGACCGACUCAUCAUAGCUGGCGUAUGCAACAAUGAAAAACAUAGUGUUGUGAUCAUAGACAGUGUCACGAGAGAGAUUGUUAUGUCUUUCAUAGAAACUGGCUCCAUUAUUGAUGUCCUGAUUGUUCCUGGUAUAGCAAGCAACAAAAUUAUCACACUCAAAGAGAAAGAAGUAAUCCAACACAACUUCAAAAUCAACUCUUCUUCGUACCAGAAUAAGUAUGUUUGCAGCAGUGAAAAAGUUAUAAGUUGUGAUGAUGUUAAAGAAAAUUUGAAGUUUUUAUCGUUGGCUGUGAACAAGACUGGAACAUUGUUAUUUGUAUCUACCUGCGACCGCAGAGUGAUCUGUGUGGAUUUGAAAACAAAUUCUCACACAUUCGACAUAGAGAAUAGGCGUGGCAAUGUCAUAUCUAUGGCAGUGAGCGAGAUACCGGGCGGCGACGAUUUUGUUCCAGGUUUAGAUGUUCUAUUAACCGGAACGGGUACUGAAGAGAAUUCAGCAAAAAUAUGGUUCCUGGAUGCCGCUUAUGUAUCGCAGAAGAGGCAACAAGUUUGCAAAGUGCGGUUUACAAAGAAAUUUGCGGUGAGCUUCGUGAAUACUUUGUCACCGCAUACUCCCAGUCAGGAUACAAUACCCCACGUGCCAAGUUCUCAAAGCCUAUCAACGACACCCAAACGUCACCAAUCGUUUGCCGACCGAUCUGAGAUGACCAAGAAACCAGCUCAUAAGACCCUAAGCCUAGAUAGAUUCUCUCUUAAACCGCUCAAUUUGAAGGGCUUGUGUAAUAAUAAUGAAAAUUUUAUCCUGCCAUUGCUAGCUGUUGUCGAUGACAAGAAUAACAUACAGGUGAUGCGUGGUAGAAAAGUACUCACAGAAAUCGUAACCAAUGCAGACGACAAAAUCAGUGUCGUACAAAUAUCACCGUGCAAUCAGUACAUCAUAUACGGACUAGAAUCGGGUACAGUGAACAAAUAUGCACUACGAAGUAAAGACACUGAGGUGAUAAUGAACUUAACGGGUUCUGUACAGUAUCUGAACUUCGUGAAUUCGUGCCUCCUCAUUGUAUCUGAUGAGAAACGAUGCCUGAUGGCGUACCACUCGUGUAACGGGAAAUGGAAGUCGGAGAUGUUGCAGCGCGGCAACUGCCACCUUGGUUCACAGGAAAUGUUGAAUAAUAUACAAGGUAUAAAAAAGAAAAACGGGCAUGCCGACAGUUUAUCUGAUGCUGGCAGUGCAUCAGGGGAGAACGGUUUACUGCCAGACUCUAGCUCCCUAGUUGACUGUUUUUGGGUCGCAGAGGGACUCGUCACCAUAGACUGUAACGCCGUCAUCAAGCUAUGGAGCCCGGACUUCCAGCUUGAGAGUGUGCUGAAUGGACGCAACAUCGACGUUCGAGCUAACUGCGCCGCCUGUCAAAAAAAUAUACUAGUCAGUUGUGAUAGUCACAAUAUGACAUUUUAUAUAUUUCAACUAACGAAAGAUGAAAAUAACAAAUUAAGACUGAAUUUAAAACAACGAUUUAAACUAGAUAGCCGCAUUGCAUCAUGCGAUCUAACUGCGGACGGUACCAAGUUAGCGCUCGGGCUACACUCUGGCGAUGUAGUGAUUUGGAAUGUAACCCUAAAACGCCAAAUCACAACACUGAGGCAUCAUAAAAGUAAAGUGCAAUGGUGUUCAUUCUCCCCUGUGCCUGAUAAUAUCUUCCGGACGCCGGCGCAAUCACCGUCAGUAUACCACCCUCAUCCGCCAUCAUUUAGUCAACAUACCGAGGACCAUGAACCACCCCUGGUGUUGGCCACCAUGGCUACAGAGAUUGUGUGGUGGAAUAUUUCCCGUGUAUUGAAAAAUCCUAAGAGGACAUACAUCAGUAACACGAAUAUUAUGUCGCCCAUGGUGAGCCCACUAGAUAACAGAAAUAUAUCAUCACCUGUCAGUAAUGAAAUCAGUAGUCCAAACAACAUAUUUUUUGGGAAUGGCUCAUUUGGAGCUCACGAUUGUUGGAGAUCUAUAUGGAAAAGUAAAACGUGCAAGCAAGGAUCCAAACGGGAAGAAAUACUGGCGUGCAUCAAACUGACUGGUAUGAAUGCUGAACAAUUAUGUCACAACGAACAAUUCUCUUGCUUUGUAACUGUCGAUAACUCUGGUCAUGUUCAUAUUAUGAACGUAAUGAGGCCAAACACGUAGCACACUGCCAUAUGCAUUUACAGUCAUAUACGCGUAUCAAUAUCCAAUCUAUUAUAUAUAGUUAUAAGAUUUCUUUAUACUGUCCAUUACCUUUUAAUUUUAUUACCAUAAUUUAAGUUAGCCACGGAUAAUACUCAUUACUGUUUAUUACUUGUUUUACUUUUUAUUUUUGUAGAGCACAUGAACAAUAAGAAGAUAGUUGUACUGUUGAAAAUAGAAAAGACCCGAAUGAAAUCCAUAUCACUAAGAGUCCUUUUAAAGUACUGUUCUACCAAUGUAUUGCUUUAAUAUGAAAUGCUCAAAUUUAUGUUUGUUUCUUGAGAAAAAUUGUUCAAUUACAUUCAAAGGAUACUUCUUUAAAAGGAUGCUAAUGCGUUUGAUUUCACUCAGUUAAUAUAAGACGGAUUACUCCGUGGGUAAUCUGUAUGACAUUAAAUAAGGUGUAAGUAAGAACAAGAGAUUUUUUUAAUGAUUUGUGGCAAACACAUGCGUUGUAACACAACCAGUAUGCGUUGACCUCAUUCCUUUUCUAUUUUUCUACGGUAAAAUAUUCUUCAUUUUGGAUAUUGAAUCGCGUAUAUUUAUAUUGUAAACCAGUUGUAAUUUUAAAUUGUAAAUAAUUUUAAAUCAGUCAAUAUCCAACUACGUAACUAUGUAUUACUAUUUUACAACAUUGUGAAUGUCUGACAUAAGUUGAAGUACAUUCUAUUAUUAUAAAUAUUAAGAAACAAUUUCAGUCCUCCUAAAUGUGAACAAAUAUGAAUAUGUUAUUAGUAAAUUAUUAUAUUAAUAUACCUUUCAAAGCAAUACAUGAUGGAUUCCUGUCCUGUUUUAAAAUAGGUAUAUUUUUUUAAUUAAUUUAAAAUGUAGUAAUCGAAUUUUAUAACAAAAAUCUACAUGCCAUAAUUAUAUGAGACUAAAUAUCAGUAAUAUUAAAAUUGUCUUAUAGUAUGCAGCAGGUUACUGACAUAUUUGACGUCACAGUAUUUGGUGACAACUGAGAUUAGAGAUUUGUAACAUUAUUUAUAAACGAAAAGACCAAUUUGUACAAUUUUAUUGUAUUUCAAUCUUAAUUAUUUCAACAGAAAAACUGAUUAUUAUGAUUAUAGAACGUUAAAAGCCCACCUUGUUAAAAAUCACGACGUUUGGAUUUCCUGUCAAAGGGAAGAUUUCAGAAAAAUUACGUAAUCUUUCUUUCUUUUCUACUUUGUGAAAUAUAUUUAUUGAAACUUUGUGAAACAUAUUACUCGAGAUAUUUUAUCGCUAAAUAAUCGUCGAAAACUCGUGAAAUUUUCUAAAUUUUGACGUAACAUACGUAAAAAAUAAGUAUUAAUAAACAUUUUUUUACAAUUUAACUAUUAAGUAAAUUGAUUUUAUUCUGUUUUUUUUAUAAUUGAUAUUAGAAAAGCAUAAACAAAAACUUUAAAGUAUUAAAAAUGUUUUCUGAUAAUAUUUUACACAAUAAAUUAAAUUGAAAAACUUUAACAGAAGAUCGCCAUAUUGUAACAGUUAGUUUAAUUACACGGGCAUAACUUAAACCGCCAUAUUUUAUUGUCAAUUUACGUAAAAAUAUCUUAGUGAAUAUAUAUUCUGUGUAAUUAAUAAAUACAUUUAUUUCAAACUACUUAUCCCAACAAUCGUCGUUCUGUCAAAAGCUGACACUUUAAAAAUGAGAUUUCACCUUUUUUUUGAACAAUUUUUCCAAUUUUUUUUUCUUCAUAAGAUCUUUCCUCGGACUACAACGAAUAUUCUAAAAAAAGUUUGCAGAAUUGGUCCUGCUGUUCUCGAGUUUGCACUUACAUAGAUAAAACGCAGAUGCUAUAAAAUAUCAGCAGAAAUAAAUCUGAAUCGUUUCAAUAUUUUCAUGUCACGAUGGUCGGCAACACAAUGAUAUUUCUGAUGUCUCGGACAACAGUAGCCGUUUAUCAUCAGCCGAGCCGUAUACUUGAGCGCUACCAUCGUAUUGUACAAUGAUUUAUUGUAUACCCUACGCGAAUAUUCCAUUACAUGCACGAAUCAAACGUUAUUAUUAACAAAGUGAGCUUUAUACUUAGUAAUUAAUCGUUAGCUUUUGCUCAUUUCAGUAUGUGAUUCAUAUGAAAUUAAGAAAUUAUUAUAAUUAUCAUAAUGUAAGUAUAAAUCCCAAACGACAAUUUAGCAUAGAUUAAAUGUGAUUUAAUUUUACUUUUAUAAUAUUUUAAAUUUAAGAGUAUAACUACUCGGAAGAUUAAAAAUAACGGUCGAGUUUCAUUAUAAAAUGAAUGUCAUCCAAGUAAUAUCAUAAAUAAAUCUUUUAAUGCUUAUUAACUGUGCUUAAUGUUCUGAAUUUGAUUAUUAGUCAUAAUUUUCAGCUUAUUAAUAGGAUUUAUUUUCUUCCCCAUUUAAGCAUGUUUAAAUUUAAUACAUAUAUCUUUUAUUUAUAAGCUUUAAUUAACAAUUAUAUUUUUUGAAAAUUUCCUAAUUAAAUGCAUGACUCCUAUCGCAGACUCCUGUAAUAUAAGUUAUGCAUUUGCUAUGUAAACUAUACUUAAUUAUAGUUAUUCUUUCAACUACUUUGUGCUUUGUAUUAUGAAACUUAAUUCUAUCUUAUGUGCUAAUGAAACAAGGAAAAAUUGUGUUUUUAUUUCAUACAUGUGUGUAUUGAUAUUUCAAAUGGUGCGAUAUAAGAUAUCCAGUGGAUUAAGAAUAUAUAUUAAGUAUAAUAUUUUUUAACAUAAAUUGGGUAUGAACAAAAAUUAACAAUUUCUUGAAAACUAAUAGUAAUUAAAUAUUCUAAUUUUAAAAUAACAAUAAGUAUUGAAAUUCAAUCAAUCUAAAAUAUAACAACAAAAAUCCUGCUAUUGUAAAUUUCAUAAUUUGCAACGAAAUACGUAUAUGUUCCUUUGAUUGUAGUUUUCCUUUGUCUCUCUUGUCGUGAAUAAUUAAAAAAUAUUAUACGACAUUGUUUUGAUCUGAAAUAAGUAUACUUGUUGUUUGUACAUAAAAGUGAUAACAUUUUAUUUUAAACUCUUAAUUAAUAUGCUGUUACGGGCCAACAAAUACAUGAGUUUAUUAUAAUUCUCUUUAUUUUUAUUUGUACAAAUCUUAAAAGGCAGAUCUCUGUAGCUAAAUAUUAGUUAUUAUGUAACUAAAAUGUAUAUAGUGGUGCUAUAAUGGGUAAGAUUAAGCGAUAAGAAAGAAAAACGCAUAGAAUCAAAAAUAGCUAAUAAUGAAGAAGAGUGAAUAAUAUUAGCAUGACUUUGAUACUAUGUCUUAAAAUGUGAUAACGUGUGUUCUUGGUCUGUUUUAUUGAAUUACCCAGGAAAGAAUAACGUACAAGCUUUGAUAUUUUAUAUUAUAACUUUAUCUUUUUUAUUAAUUCAAAUUCUGUAGGGCAUUUUAUGUGAAGUUUUUAGAUUAUAUUGUUAGCAGGCAUAUCUAUAACAGAAUAGUUUCAAAACCCAAAUUAUUUACAUAGAAUUUAAAAAAUUGUGUAUAAAUUUGUGUUUACUGCCAGACUUAUUUUAUUAAAGACUAUAUAAAGAUCUACAAACUUCCUAAAUAAAAUGAUAAAUAUACCUAAUUCUUCUAUAUUAGUAAACAAGUUGUAUCAAAAUAUCAAUUUGCGCAUAUUUUUAGAAUAUAUAAUUUUCAGAAUAAAAGACAGACGUUUGUCAACAACUUGUUACUAAAGAAUACAAUGUUAUAUUCUCAGGGCUUUAAGUUUUAAGUAUUUUCUAAUGUGUUACCGUUGCGAUGAAUAUAACAUUCAAUUCUCUUAAAUUUUAUCGAACAUAUUGAAAUCUUAGGUCUUAUGUGGCGAGCUUACCACAACCUCUGUUCAAUUAGGUAUGUUUACCAUAUUUUUCUGUUUCCAGAGUAUUAAAAAAAAAUUACUACAUAUACCUCUUUAUCUAUGGUUCUAUAGAACUUAAGUCAUUGUGCUAGUGGUAUAAAACCCUAUUUUUCUGAUGUUAUUGAAUUUUACAUUAUGUGAUGUCUUAGGUGUAUUAUCAGAAGGUCUGAACAAGUGACCAGGUAUUAAAAUAUAAAAGAUUUGUUUUAUGUAUUUUCUUGUAAAUAUUAUAUAUUAAUGAUUUUGUAACCCGGUGUUCCUGACACAAUGUAAAAAUUGUGUUAUCUAAACACCCAACAAAAUUUUUAUUUUAUUUUUUAUACUUAAUCAAAUUUAAAUUAAUUAAAAAUUAAUCUAUUGUUUACUGAUAAUUGGAUGAAAAAUUAAAAGCAGUUACAUUUUCCAAGGAUUUAACAAAAAAUAUACAUACACACUGAUUAAUUUACCACAUGUUAAGGCCUUCUGGACAGCUCUGCUAAUAUGUAUAAGUUAAUUUGUAAUUUUGUAUGAAUUUAUAUGUUUCUGCAACAAAAAUAUGUCACAAAUAUAUGACAUACGGGGCGUCAAUUAUGUAUAGAUGAUGUAUUUCUCUCCAAUGCUCAAAUAUGCAUUUCUGUAUACUUAUUAAUUUUGUAUUACAAUUUUUCAUUAUUCAUAUUUUUUAUAACCAUAGUCAUUUUAAUGGGAUUGUUGUAUUUCUAUAUUAUAUACUUUAUUACGUAUUUCAAAUGUAAACCAUGAUUUGAUAAAAACUUUAUAUUUUUAUCAUUAUUCAACGAUAUUGUUAAUUGAAUAGAUAUAUCAUUUCAUACACUAGAGGUUUGAUAACAGACUACAGCUUUAUAAUUUUUGUCAAAUGACUAGUGUAAAUCAAGUUUUAUGCAAUAUCGAUUAUAAUAUUUUUAGAUAAUUUAGUUAAUAUUAUUAUGAAUGAUAAAUGUAUUGAUUUUUCUUAUAA